GGCACUGAGGCUUGUGUGUAGGAACCCAGCGCGUCCUCCUCUCUCUCCUCUAACCUCCUCUCAGCGAGACGCACGAUUCCACAGGAUGCCUCACCAUAUGCUUCUCUUAACCACUGAGUUUGGGGUUUGGAUGUAGGCGAUCCAUCGGGCGCACAGCGAGUUCUGGAUUUGGAUGCUUCGCUGGCACGGCUUUGCGGGUGAUGGUGAAGCGCGUCUUGCGCGCUACCGCGCGUUUCCUCGAUCAUUCCUCGGGACGUUUGGCGACGGGAAAUGUGAAGAAGGCUUAAAGAAUGGCAUGUAAACAUGGUUUCUGCCAAGAAGGAGAUGGUGACUGCGAUGUACCCCACUUCUAUUUCCACUCUCCUCUACUUUCUCUGUGUGGCGGCUUGCAUAAAGAGAAUAUCUGGACAGAUCAGAAAGGAUGAGAAAUUAUACCCGGAAAAUUUCACACGCAUUCUGGACCGACUCCUGGAUGGAUACGACAACAGACUCCGACCUGGAUUUGGGGGUCCAGUGACGGAAGUGAAGACGGAUAUUUACGUCACGAGUUUUGGCCCAGUUUCUGACGUGGAGAUGGAAUACACCAUGGACGUGUUCUUCCGCCAGACGUGGGUGGAUCGGCGACUGCGGUAUGAAGGCCCUGUGGAGAUCCUCCGGCUUAAUAACCUGAUGGUGACCAAAGUCUGGACUCCUGACACGUUCUUCAGAAACGGCAAGAGAUCCGUGGCUCACAACAUGACGGCGCCCAACAGACUCUUCCGAAUCAUGAAGAAUGGCACCAUCCUGUACACUAUGAGGUUGACAAUAAGUGCCGAAUGCCCGAUGCGACUGGUGAAUUUCCCGAUGGACGGCCACUCCUGUCCGCUGAAGUUCGGCAGCUAUGCCUACCCAAAGACUGAGAUGAUCUACACGUGGACUAAAGGCCCGCAGCACUCGGUGGAGGUCCCGCCUGAAUCCUCCAGUCUGGUCCAGUAUGAUCUGAUUGGACAGACUGUGUCCAGCGAGACUGUCAAAUCCAUCACAGGUGAAUAUGUGGUAAUGACGGUCUACUUCCACUUGAAACGGAAAAUGGGCUACUUCAUGAUUCAGACGUACAUCCCCUGCAUCAUGACUGUAAUCCUUUCGCAAGUGUCGUUCUGGAUAAAUAAGGAAUCCGUGCCCGCCAGAACUGUCUUUGGAAUCACCACCGUCCUCACGAUGACCACCCUCAGUAUCAGCGCUCGCCAUUCUCUGCCCAAGGUCUCCUACGCCACCGCCAUGGACUGGUUCAUCGCUGUGUGUUUCGCAUUCGUCUUCUCCGCCCUCAUCGAGUUUGCGGCAGUCAACUACUUCACCAACGUCCAGGCAGAAAGAGCCAAGAGGAAACAGGCCAAAGCUGCGGCCGCGGCGUCCGUCAGGAGCUCCACAGGCAAAAAUAAAGACACAGAGGAGGUCCUGCAGCAAAACUCGGACACCAACGGCAACCUGCGGAAACGUGUCAAUUCCAACAUUCAGCCUCAAGCAGAGUCCAAGAAAACCCAAAGAACCGAAACCUCUAGCAAAAGCGGCGCGUCCUCGUCCAAACCAACUCUGACCAGCCAAUCAUCUUCCACCUCAGAAGGUGCCAGCAGUUUCUCCAGCCAAUCGCGUCUCAGCCCCAGUUCCGCCAGCCAAUCGAAUGCAGCCGCUUCCUCCUCCUCUGCCUCCAAGACCACGCCUCCGGCUCCACCCUCUACACCCACAGUUCCUGACAAACCAUCGCCCGGGACGACCACCGCAGGCUCCGCCCCUCUUCACCACCUCCUCGGGCCUAAAUUAGAGAAUAUCAAAAAGAAGGAAGCCAAGGCUCAACCUCAACCUGCCGCUCCUGCCACUGGAGGAGCCAGCAAGAUCGACGAAUAUGCACGUAUUUUAUUCCCAGUGUCCUUCGGGGCGUUUAACAUGGUGUACUGGGUGGUUUACUUAUCCAAAGACACCAUGGAGGCCAAGGGAGCCUAGCAAGCUUGGAUGUUUGUACCCUUUUUUUCUACAACAAACGAUAUAAAAAGCUCUCUUAAGGAUUACAUCAACUGUUGUUCCAAGCAAUUCCAAUUAUAUCACGGCAGACGAAACUGGAUGUUGGAAUUAUUAUACUUUCUUUUUUUGGGGAUUAUCAAAAGGGCACAAGAUUAAGCAUGUGGAUAUAUUAUACUAAGUAAAAAUCAUUUAAUUAAAACAAACAAAAAUACUAUCCAAGCAAUCUCUCUUAGAUUUCUCUGUUGUCUGUUCGAAGAGCCAUAUUUCCAGUCUGUCCUGUUUAUCGCCGGACACACUGAUGAAGGAACAAUACAACUGAAUGGAAAAACCAAUACCAGGGGGCUGUUUAGUCUAUUUUUAUAUUGAGACACUUCCAGAGAAAUCCUUCAUUGGGAAACCCAACGGAUUUGAACUGAUCUGCCAAGAAGACGUAUUUCUGACGUAAUACGCAGCAUAUUUCUUUCUUAAUUUCAAACCGCGUCAUGGUGUAUGUAAACUAUCAGGCAUGAAUGGCAUAUCUAUGCUGCGAUCGCUCCCUGAGAGCCAAUGAUGGAACGGAGCAAGUCCUGAUUGCUGAAUAACAUAUGCAUGUCUUUUAUUUUUUAAAGAGACUUAAAAACGAAAAAAAAAAAAAAAGUUGUCGUUUUAGAUUAAGUCGUUAAAGCACAAAUGAUGCAUUUUUUCUCUCUUUGUUUUUAAAGUUGAAUGGCUUGAUUUUAGUUUAGUUCCAUUUGGGUUUCAUUUUUUAUUACUAUUAUUAUGAUUAUUGUUAUUAUUGGAGUAUUUUUUUGUCUUAAAGCUGAUACGCUCUCCACAUUCUCCUCAAGUGUGAUGCAGGCAAAGGUUUUCAGCAAAUGAAGCACAUGCCGCACAGCGUCCAGAUGGUUCUGGAGCCGUUUACAACAAUCAGAGGGUCAAACAGACUGAUGUUGUCGUAGAGGAGCAGCAGAAAACCUCCACCAAUUCUCAUAGGGCUGUUUUUUUUUCUGUAUGUGUAACCUUGAUCUAAUUAAGGAUAAUUUGAGGUCUUCAUUACCCACCAGUUAUUAAUUGUCAUGAAAAGUCAAUGCUUAUGGAAUAGUUUGCUCCAAAGUAACAAAUGUUUGAUGUCAAAGUCCAAAAAUGACAAAAAGUAAGCACCAUAUGAGCAGCUGAAAUGACUUCCGAAGCUGUUGCUAGCUUUGUGUGAGAAAGUGAAAUUUCAAGGGCAUUUACAUGACAGGUUUGAACUAAAAGUAUGUGCUCUGUCCAUAAAAAUAGCAUUCUGGGGGCUUGGAAAUGGUAACUUUUUUUAAAAGUGUUUCUAAAUUUAGUUUUUUUUAUUUAUUUAUU